ACAGAAGAGGAAGCACAGAGGAGGAAAAUGUUGGAUCUUUUUACGAUAUUUUCCAAGGGAGGAAUUGUCCUUUGGUGCUUUCAAGGCACAUAUCAGUCUUUUACUCUUCCAGUGAACGAACUUAUUCGAAGUGUAAUCCUUCAAGAACGCGGAGGAGGAAAUGCUUUUUCUCACGAAUCUUUGACUCUAAAGUAUAAGUUGGAUAAUGAAUUUGAACUGGUGUUUGUUGUUGCCUUUCAAAAGAUUUUACAGUUAUCAUACAUUGACAAGCUUUUAAAUGACAUCCAGUUAGAGUUCCGUGACAAGUACAAAGAUGAAUUAAGUAAAGGUGUCAUGCGGAGCUAUGAUUUUGCUGAAGAAUUUAAUCGUCUACUCAGAGACGCAGAAUCUAGUAGUAAAGUUGAAGCUUCUAUACCCAAAAAGAUGAGAACCUUUGAGCAAUCUAAGAAAUCUCAGAAAACUGUGGCAUCGAUGAUUGUCAAAGGGAAUGAAACAAAUACUAAAAAAAUAGGAAAAGAUAAAAAGAAYGAACAGAAAGAAUCAAAAGAAGCACAGGCAGCAAAAGCCAAGGACUCCAAACUGCAAGAAACAGAAACAGUCAAAGUCUCUAAUGGAAGUGCAGGCUUAACAASUGAAGAGAUCCAGAAAAACAGGGAGAAAAUGCUGAGAAGAAUGGCUGGUAAACCAACAAAACCUGUGAGCAAGCCAUCACCAGUUCAACGUAAGGAUCGCAAGAAGGUCAACAGRCAAUGGGAUAAUGCUGGUAACAACAAAGACUUGGGAACACUGGACUUUAGUGGGUCAAGUGAACAGCAAAAAGAGAAGAAGCAACAAGAAGAAGACGAAGAGUUCGAAAACAUGAAAGAGGAGCUGAUUGGUUCAAUGGUUGGUGAAAUAAAAGAAAUGGAAUAUGAGACUGGAAGUGAAGAAGAGGAAGAAGAGGAAGUGGAAGAAGAAGAAGCCAAGACAGCAACUUCUUCAAACACAAGCAGUGGUGGGUCUGGCCUGACUGGUGGAGUGUUUUCCUUUUUCAAAGGACUUGCUGGACAAAAGACACUGACACAAGAGCAAGUCACUCCAGUUCUUGAUAAAAUGAAGGACCAUCUCAUAGCUAAGAAUGUUGCAGCRAAUAUAUCUGAUCAGCUGUGUCAAUCUGUGGCAACAAAACUUGAAGGCAAAGUCAUUGGAACAUUUAGUGGUAUAACAUCCACUGUAAAGGCCAGUCUUGAAGAGUCCUUGAUUCAGAUCUUGUCACCCAGCCGUCGGGUAGACAUCCUGCGUGAUGCUAUGGAAACGAGGAACCGUGGCCGUCCUUACGUCAUCACAUUUUGUGGUGUCAAUGGUGUUGGAAAAUCAACCAACCUCGCAAAGGUGUGUUUCUGGCUCCUUGAAAAUGGCUUCCGUGUGAUGAUUGCGGCUUGUGAUACCUUUCGUGCAGGUGCGGUUGARCAGCUACGUACCCAUGUACGUCAUCUUAAUGCCCUUCACCCACCCUCUAAGGAAAACGGUCCACCGUCUGUAGUACUCUACGAGAAAGGUUAUGGAAAAGAUGCUGCUGCUAUUGCAAUGGAUGCUAUUAAUUUUGCCCGAGACCAGCGUAUUGAUGUUGUACUWGUAGAUACAGCAGGGCGAAUGCAGGAUAAUGAACCCCUGAUGCGUGCCUUGUCCAAGUUGAUAAAGAUCAACAAUCCAGACCUUGUACUGUUUGUUGGUGAAGCUCUUGUUGGCAAUGAGGCUGUGGACCAGCUUUCAAAGUUUAAUCAGGCUUUGGCAGACUAUUCCAGCCAAGAUAAUCCACGGCUUAUUGAUGGCAUUUUACUCACAAAGUUCGACACUAUUGAUGACAAGGUCGGUGCUGCUAUUUCAAUGACAUAUAUCACAGGGCAGCCCAUUGUGUUCGUYGGUACCGGACAGACGUAUCGAGACUUGAAGAGUCUCAAUGUCAAGGCCGUUGUGCAUGCUCUUUUAAAGGCUUAAAACAAACGCAUUAUUAUCAAAUGAAUAUAUUGUACGURCAGAAAUAUUCCAUUAUUAUGUUAUGAAGCCGUCAAUGAUACGCUAGAAAAAUCGUUCCUUCCCAUCAACCCUUAAGAGCGUAGCAGUAACAAUUGGGUACGCGUUCGGCACUUUGAAAGAAACCGCAUUCAUGUAAUGUUUACUUCAUGUAUCGCGGGCUACUGACACGGUAGUCAGUUUUGUUUCUUUUUCUUGAAAUUAUUGGUUUUUGUUGACGMCUAAGUACCAGGCCUACUGAGGUGUUGUAGGUAGAUUCGAGGCAAGGCUCCAGUUCUUGGGCUAUCUUUGUUGUGAUCUCGUAAAGAUUCCAAGACCCUCGGAGAGCAGUCCAUACUUUUAUUUUAUUACAAAAAUUCACGAAGAAUUGGUGUACCACCAAAUAUUUAAUAAACUGUCAACCAGAAAUACUAAAUUCAGUUAAUAAAUGCAGUGUAAUAUGAACUAAAACGAAAUAAACACAUGUUAACGUCAAAA